UGAACAAUUUUCCCAGCUCUCUGGGUGAUUUAUAGAAGCAUCGAAACCUGCUGGACACGUUUUAUUUUCUCCAUUUGUCAGUUUCAGCAUGAACUUGAGCAAAACCUACAUUGUUGUGUAACGAAACUGAUCAAAAACAUUUGUCAUUCUCCUUUGGUUUCCUUUGUAUUUCUGCAGUCAGACUGUAUGCAAAUACGUUCCCAAGGGGCAAUAACUUCCCCAAAAGCAGGGCAUAUAUAAAAGACUGACGUUAUGUUACAAACAUAACAGUGCUUCAGGAAAGAAGGAAUUACACUGGGUUAAUCUACAGAGAGACGCUGCCAAGAUGUCUAAGGAAAACCCGAAAUUUAAUGUGGGAGACAUAAUCUCCUUUAGCCGUGGACUCUAUCAUCACUGGGGGGUUUAUUACGGACAGGAACAUGGAAAACAUUACGUUGUCAACGUUUCAGGAGGAGAGUCCAACAGCAAGCCUUUGGCCAUUACUUCUAAAUUGGUGAAGGAAGAACUUAACAAGGUGGCUGGAAAAAGUGCCUACUCUGUGUACAAAGAACUGGACAAACAUAAUGAACCAAGAAGUCCUGAGCAGAUGAAAGCAGACAUGGACAAAAUGAUUGGUACCAAAAUAAAGUAUGAUCCCUUUGGAAAGAACUGUCAACACUUUGCUACACAAAUACGGUACGGCAAGGAAAUAUCUCCCGAGGGGGAAAGUGCAGCCAAAUCCGUGGGCAAAAACCUGUCAAAUUUCCGUGCAGAAAUGGACCCUUUUUCUGCCAAGUAACAGCUUAUUCACCUGAUGAAUUUCUUCAUCUUUUGUGGUGUUCCUUGCCUUUCUGAUAAAGGGCACAAUUUCUCUUUACAAAGUACAAUAGAAAAUGCUUGUUAAAAUAUUCUUACUUCUUUAAUUAUGGUGAGCAAAAUGAAUCUAUUGUUGUAAAAAUGAAAUCAAUAAAAAUUCAAGUUGCAUCAAA